GCAACACCAUCCCUCAUCUGUCAUGCGGCAAAACACAAAAUAGCAGCGAAGAAGAAUCAAAGAAAACAGCGUCCACAAUAAACGUUUAUAAUUUAUUAAUAAAUAUUUGACGAAAUUAAACAAUUGUGUUCCAAUCAAAGGCUGAUUAGUUAAUAAAAGCAAAAAUGGCUCUUGUUAAACCCAAAUCUGAAUUGACACCCGAGGAAUUGGCUCGCCAGGAAGAGGAAGAAUUCAAUACAGGACCAUUGUCGGUGUUGACACAAUCGGUGAAGAACAACACUCAAGUAUUGAUCAAUUGCCGUAACAACAAGAAGCUUUUGGGUCGUGUAAAAGCCUUCGACCGUCACUGCAAUAUGGUCUUGGAGAAUGUCAAAGAAAUGUGGACCGAAAUACCACGUACAGGCAAGGGCAAGAAAAAAGUAAAACCUGUCAAUAAGGAUCGUUUCAUAUCGAAGAUGUUCCUCAGAGGGGAUUCGGUAAUUUUAGUACUAAGAAAUCCCUUGGCAACGGCUGGGGGAAAAUAAGAUGCGAUUCGAUAUCAUGUGAAGCAACAACUUACAUUUUAAGCAACAUCAAUAUGGAAUAAGUAACUAAACUCAAGGAAAACGAAAAUUUUUUGUUUAAUGCAAAAAAACUGAAAUAAUAUAAUAAAAUUUUUCUUUAAAUAUAUAGUAUACAA